AUGAACGAAAAUUGGUUUUGUGAACAAAUCAGCAAUUUAAAUAUCCAGGAGAAUCGCCUGACCGCAUUAUCUGAAAUUCGAAUGCGUUUGUACGAAAUUAAUGAAACUUCAGACGUUCAAUUGGAAACACAAAUUACAGACCGUUUACUCAACGCUCCAGAAUUUAUUGAAUGUUUAAAUUGUAAAACUGAGGCCAAAGAACAAUGUGAACUGGCUGCUGAUAUAUUAGCAAUAUGCAUGUCACACAUGAGCCUUGGACAAAGUACCCUACCGACGAUUUUGGAGCUGACCCUGACACAUCCACGAUCUAGUAUAAAAUCUGUUGUUUUCAACACAAUUUUAAAACAAUUAGAAAGACAGCGAAACAGCAAUAAAAAUGUUCAAAUAUCUUCUGAACUUCUCAUUCAUAUAUUAAAUGGAUUAAAGGAAGAUGACAGCAAAGUCGGAGUUCCAGCGAUUGGAAUAUUAACUAUAGUUCUUGAGCAACAUAUCAAUGAUGAAGGCAUUAAAAGCAAAUUAUUGGAUAUGUUGACAUCUAAUGAAAUUGUUAAGUGUCGUGUUUAUGAACUUGCUGUAAAUCUUGCCAAGCAAUCGCCAACUAUGCUUCAUCAAGUUGAAUUUCUGCUGGAUCGAGCUUUGUCAGAGCUUGAUAAUGAUGAUGUGCUAUUUCAAGUAAAUAUUCUUGAAAUACUAGUUGCACUUGCAGAACAAAAUCAUGGGUUACUAUAUUUAGAAAAUAGACAAGUUUUCGAAAUAAUAAGCAGGCGUGUGGAAAAUGUUGACCAAAACCCAAUCGAUCAAUUACUCAUUCCAGGAAUUAUGAAAUUUUUCGGCAAAACCGCUUCAGUGCAACCUCAGAAAGUAAUUGUUGAUUAUCCUCAUAUGAUACAUUGUCUAUUCGAAAGCAUUCUUUCUGGAAAUAUGUCAAUACUGCCAGCGGCAUUUGAUACAUUUGCGAAUCUCAAUCAAACUACGAAAGGAAAACAACUAUUAGAUCAAAAUUAUCCAGCGUUGAUUAAAGAAACGUUUGAAGCUAUGGGUUCGUAUUUGAGAAACCUCUCCAUAGAUUUGAAAAACCGAGCAUUUAACACAUUGGAAAUGGUUUUUUCGACCGAAAGUUCUAAUCAAACUGAUAUAGAGGGAUUGCUCCACAAAUGGUUCAAGUAUUUAGCUGGAGAAGAAAGUAUGCAAUUUCUGAUGGACUAUUGUCGAAAUCCGUUUCCUGAUAUCAAAGUAGCAUGUCUAAGCUUCAUUAAAUCCCUUUGCCUUCAUAAAUGGGGAUUACUAGCAUUAAAAAACACAGCUGGUUUUGUGGAAUUUUUACUUGAUCGAAAAAUUGAGUUUGACAAAGACGCGAAAUAUAAAAAAUUCGAGUUAAUCAGUCUUUUAGCAGAUACCGAUGUUUUUGAUAUGCAAAUCAAUUUACAAUUACGCACUUAUGUUAAUGAAGGACCAUACUUCGUGCAAAGUAUAUUAGACAUAGCUACGGAAGGCAAUUGAUGGAUGCGUAAUAAAAAUAUAAUUGAGAAAUA